AGCCUCCCUCAUCCCCCUCCUGGUGUCGGUAGCUGUGGGUGUGGUCCUGCUGGUCGGCCUGGUGGCUCUCUUCCUGGUCUGCAGGAGAAGGAGGAGAGGACACACUCUCCAGAAGACCAGCUUUAGAAUGCGUGACGCAAACCAAUAUGGAGGCAGAACGGCAGUAGGGGAUGAAGAGGAGGAAGAGGAGAACGACUAUGUCAAUGCUGAGGACGACUAUGUGAAUGUGGAGGGCUUGACCUGUCACGACGAGUAUGCAGAUCAAUUCAAUGACCAGACGGACCGCAAAGCUUCAGGUACCGAGAACCAAUAUGUGGAAGAGGCGUCUGAUGAAGAGGAAGAUCAUGAUGAUAAUGACUAUGAAAGUAUUGAUGAUGUUUCUGAUGCCAAGAACCAACAUGGAACCAUCAAUGAGGAAGAGGAUAGUGAUGAUGAUGAUGAUGAUGACUAUGAAAAUGUUGAUGUUUCUGAUGCCAAGAACCAACAUGGAACCAUCAAUGAGGAAGAGGAUAGUGAUGAUGAUGAUGAUGAUGAUGACUAUGAAAAUGUUGAUGUUUCUGAUGCCAAGAACCAACAUGGAACCAUCAAUGAGGAAGAGGAUAGUGAUGAUGAUGAUGAUGAUGACUAUGAAAAUGUUGAUGUUUCUGAUGCCAAGAACCAACAUGGAACCAUCAAUGAGGAAGAAUAUUGUGAUGAUGAUGAUGAUGAUGACUAUGCAAAUGUUGAUAUUUCUGAGGAGAAUGUUGAUGGCAUACAAUAUUAGUUCUAAUGGAUAGUGUACAUGACUGGACAUUGUGUAAAAUCUGCAAUAGUUGUAGAUCUACAACUAUUGCAUAUCUAUAUGCCAGACUUCAGACUUCUAAUGUCUUACAGCGUGUGUGGUGUGAUGUGGUUUCCAACAUGCUGCCUAUAUCACACAAGCAGAGGUAAAAAAAAAAAACAUUUGAAUUUAAAGAUCCUGUAAAGUAAAUUCCAUGUUUUGCUUCUAAGUACAUUAUAUACGUGUGAAAUGAGUUCCUGAAAGCAUGUGCAAAGCGCUAAAACUUUGUCACACUGAAAUGUGGAAUUAAACCGAAGAACAGUUUCUCUUCCGUUUUCAGAUCAGGUUUUAAUGGGCGGAGCCAAAAAAGGCCCUAUCUACGUCAUUUCGCCCUAUCUACGUCAGAUCACUGAAUGGCUCCUCCUGCUGUACUGUUAUUGUAGCCUACAUCAGCUAGCUAGCUAGCUUCAGGAUGUCUCCCACCACCCGCAACUGCAUCUUCCCUGGAUGCAAAAACUUCAGCUGCGCUGCAACACUAUUUAAUUUCCCUAUUGAUGAGGAAAGAAAAAAUAGGUGGAUUGAUUUUGUGAAGAGCCACGCUGAUGGAAAGCUUCGGAUAAACUCCAACAGCCGCCUUUGCAGUGGAUAAGGGAGUCUGCUAAAUGACUAAAUGCAGUGACCAUUUCACAGCGGAUAGUUUUAACAUGGACCAGAGACAGACGGGGUUCGCGGACACACGGCUUCUUUUGCAGCGCGGAGCCGUACCGAGCAUCGCCCUCCCGGCCGUUCCUCCUCAGGUCGCACCUGGACCAUCCACCGCCGCCAGCAGUUCAACACUCUGUUCUGUGUGCUUAUUAUAAUUAUACUAGAUAACUUUUCCAGAGGUAUCUCUGCUAUGAGUUAGUGCAAACCGAUAAAUUGAUAUUAGGCUACUCGGUGUAGAAUGAUGGUAUUUUGAUGAAAUGGUAGCUAAUGUGUUAGAAGUAGCCUAGUUGGAGAGCUCACUGUCUGCUGUCUCUGGUGUCCAUUUUUACUGUUACAGCUCAUGGGAACAUUUCAUUUAUAUGCAUCUGUAUGUUUCACUCAUUGAACAAAUAAAUUCUAAUUCUAUACGGUUUUG